AUGGAUCUAUUGGCGUGUUGUAAAGCAAUGUCGUUUUGGCAAGCUAAUGACAUUUGUCCACUGCUUUACAAACACGACCGAAAAGAAGUUCAUCAGAUUAGAAAGUAUCAUGCUGAGAUUUUGAGACAUUUUCUACACUUGAUUUUACAAUCUUUAAAGCAAUCAUUGAUGGCAAUAAACCUUCACAAUGCAAUACCUGGAAAUACCUGA